ACACCCUUGUUUUUUCUGAAGACAGGAUAAAAGAAUCAUUCAAUAUGGCAACAAUAAUCAGGAUAAUAAUGUUUCUUUCAAUGGGGCACCUGUCCUUGGGACAGCGGGAGUGCAAAAUGACAACACUGGGUAUGGAGUAUUUUGGAAACGUGGAUCAAACGUUGUCUGGGAAAGAAUGUCAAGCCUGGGUCUCGCAGUUUCCCCAUAAGCAUAAGUAUAACAAUACCCUAAAGAACAGUAGGAAUUACUGCAGAAACCCUGACAGAGAACCACAGGGCCCUUGGUGUUACACUACGGACGAGGAGAAAAGAUGGGAAAACUGUGGAAUACCACUAUGUCGACAAAGGGAGUGCAAAAUGACAACACUAGGAAUGGAGUAUUUUGGAAACGUGGAUCACACCUUGAGUGGAAAAGAUUGUCAGUCCUGGGUCUCGCAGUUUCCCCAUAAGCAUAAGUUUAAUAAUACCCUAAAGAACAGUAGAAAUUACUGCAGAAACCCUGACAGAGAACCACAGGGCCCCUGGUGCUACACGACGGACGAGGAGAAAAGAUGGGAAUACUGUAGAAUACCACUAUGUCCCAUUACAAAUGAUGAUUGUUAUGAAAAGGGUAGCGGAUUUAUGUACACGGGAAAAAUUGCUGUCACAGAGACGGGUUACGCAUGCCGACGUUGGGAUUCAGAAGAGGCUUAUGCAGUUUUUGGAGAGUUAGAAAACUAUUGCAGAUCGCCGGAUGGGGCAGAAUUUCCCUGGUGUUUGUCUACAGCUCCCGGUAAAAGAUGGGAAAGAUGCAACAUACCUGUUUGUGGGCAAUCAACAACAAAUAAACCAAAAAUCUCAACAACUGCUCCCUCAAGCACCACAUCGUUAACAUCUCAAGGAAAUCCCGAAAUAAAGCCAGCAAUACAGGGCCAUCUUCUGACAGAGAACAUCUGCACUCAAAACAGCAACAACAACAAUAGAAGCUUAACCGCCGACCUAGUCAUCGCAGUGUUUACUCUGAUUGGUGUUUUAGCUGCUGUUUUCUUUAGUCUGUAUAGUGUUAUUGUCUUAAAACAGCUAAAGCUGCAAAUCAUGAAUCAGAACUCUAACAGAGAAAAAGAUGUAUACACGGUAGAUAACGCAUAUAUGACAGGAUUUUCCGAUAUGCAGCCCAUAGUAGAAAGUCGUACAUAGUUAAAGUGCUAUCAAAAAUACUGGACAAAAUGUUAUAGGUGAUCCAUUUAUAUAAUAUGUUUUACAUACACUUUAUCUUAGAAAACAAAAUAUUUUAGUAUCCUAUUUUAUAUUCAAAGUUUGAAAAUCAAACAUUAGAUGUGAUAAAUUUGUUUGAAAACUUGCUACGAAUUCUUCAUUACGGUCAAUCUAAAAUUCACCAUGUUGGGUAAAGACCCCAUGAUAAGAUUUUUUUCAGAAGAGUAAAUUCUUGGCAGCAAAAUGAUUGCCAGCAUUCUGUAACUCUCCGCGAGACAAUAAGGACCCUACGGUGGAGACCCACGUUGGCUCUAAGGUUUGCAAGGCUAUCCCGAGAGAUCUGUUGUCAUUCCUCCUGCAACGCUAUGUGAACAUCCUGUCGAUUCUGGAGAAGUUUCAGACGACAUGAAAUGCGUGGUUUAAAAUGUCCUAUGCAGGUCAAUUAGGUUUAGGUACAGAUAUAAUUGAUUACGAUUUAGACUUUUUGACGUCUUGCAUUAUCGUUCAUUAUAAUGAUAACUCCACAAAGUACCUGCAGUACGUAUAACAAUAGUAUGAGGAAUAUCAUCCCAAUAUUUUAAACCCAUCAGUUAGCCUUAAAUAAUGUACAGAUCAGUUUUGCAGUCUGACAUCAAGGAGGUAAAAGAAAUCGCAACUUGCCUCAGGAGAGAACAGUACGCUAUUGGUAAUUUUAGUGUUCUGUGAUACACGAAUUUUUAAUACAGGACGUAUGGCUCAUCAACAAGUCUUGAGAUUUUUCAUGAAGUUUGUUUCAAACUGUCUGGUUGAAAUCCGUCUACCAAUGGCUCUCUAAGAGCAUUUUGGAAGCAAUGCUCUUUGCAACAUUGGCUAAAUGCCGAUCCUCAUAGCCUGUCAUACACCUGAUACGUUCAGAAUUUAGCCUUCUUAAACAAUUUCCUGUCUGUAAAUAUCUGAGUACGCUUUGGAAAACUUAAAAUCUUUCUGCAACGUGACGUUGCAUUUUGCCAGCUUCUAAGAUUCCUACUGCGCUGGAGCAAUUGUCAAUGCUCAAUUAAUUGUCUCUUCAUAGCGUCUUUAUAUCAGUUCUGGCCAGAAAUACUGAAACUCUCUUAUGUUCACGAAAGAAAAUCAUAGUUCCACUUACGUUUUAACACUAAGUACUUUCUUGAGCAAUAUGCCACAAAACUCAUCAAAUGCAUGUUAGUUAACAAUAGAGUAGCAUAAAUGACAUGUUUU